CUUAGUAUUUCUAAGGAGAGUUCAAUUCAAUAAAAACCAAUGACAAUGCAAGCAGCUCUUGUUAUCCUGGUUUUCUCCGGUUUACUAGCAGUUAAGACAACGUUAGCAGCACAGCAUGUGAUAGGCGGGAGCCAAGGAUGGGAACAAUCGGUUGACUUUGAUUCCUGGUUGUCCGAUAAAUCUUUCAAAGUCGGCGAUCAACUUGUUUUCAAAUAUUCCGGACUACACAGCGUUGUAGAGCUGGGAAGCGAAGCGGCAUACAAGAGUUGUGACCUGGGAACACCUGUAAUUUCCUUAAGCUCAGGAAACGACGUCGUUAAGCUUUCUAAAACCGGUACUCGUUAUUUCGCAUGUGGGACCCCAGGGCAUUGCCAAUCAGGCAUGAAGGUUAAAGUCAACGUUGUCUCUGCUGACUCCACUGCUGUUCCAUCUCCGGGUUCGGAUUCAAGCUCCGAUUCAGAUUCGGGCUCCAGCAACGGCUCAGAUUCGGGUUCGAGCACCGGCUCAGGUUCGCGUUCGAGUUCCGGUCAGGGGCUACGUGCUUCCAUUGGAUAUAUUUUAGCUGUGGGAUCGUUGGUUAUUGGACUUGUUUGGGCUUUCUGAGAAAGGCUUUUGUAUUGCAUCAAAAACAUUGCGGAGGGAAGAAACUUAAUAAUUUUGUGAGUUAUAAUCCGUAUUUGUUGUAUUUUCAUCAUUAUGUAUUUCGAAUAUUGCAUUUGUAAUUUUGUUCUUUUAUCCGUAUUUCUCAAUUACUUUGCUUUCUCACCCUCUUCUUGUCCACUUGAUUGGUCCGGUUGGAAUAUUCUCUAUUAUCCCUUUUAAUA